AUGAACGGCGUGAAAGAGCUUGAAAAGAAAGUAGACAGACAAGUGUUAUGGGAUCGACUUGAUGAAUGGUCCGAUAGAAAUAUUUCACAGGUGUUCAAGCAAGCACAGCCAGGCGAUGAAAUCGAAGUGUCGAUUGUGGUGGAUUUCAGAAAUGCACCAAGGUACACUUGCGCUGAAGAGAAGAAACUUUUCAUGACGAAAAUCGCACAACUGGAAGCCCGCUAUAUGCCGAAAUAG